CGCUCCGCGGCGGAAGGGGCGGCCCGGCGGCACCGCCGCUCUUCCCGUCCCAUCCCGUCCCGUCCCGGGGCAACGCUGCUCAUCCCCAUGGCGGCGGCGGCAACGCUGCUGCUGAGAGCGGCGGGCCGGGCCCUGCUGGGCCGUGCCGCCCCCCUGCCCUGCGCCGAGCGGAGCUUUAGCGACUGCGGCGGGGCGCGCUGGGCGCCCGCGCGGCCCGGCCUCCCCGUGCCGCUGUCCUCGCCCCUGGCUGGGCUCUCCCGGCCCAUCCGCAUCAAGGAGCCGCCCAAGCGCAAGCCGGUAGAUCGGUGGACGAAGAAGCGGGCCUUGUUCGGGGUGUAUGAUAACGUGGGGAUCCUGGGCGGCUUCCAGAUCCACCCGAAGAGUCUCAUCAUGGGGCCCACUUGGCUGCGAGGCUGGCGGGGGAACGAGCUGCAGAGGUGCAUCCGCAAGAAGCAGAUGGUGGGCGAUCGGAUGUUUGCAGAGGACUAUGACAAACUCAACAAGAGGAUCCGGUACUUGUACAAGCGCUUCAAUCGCACCGGAAAGCACCGCUAGGGAACAGCAGUGGCUUCAGCCCGUGGAGUGUAGUUUUGUGGCAUUGCAGUCGGAAUAAAACCAGCUUCCACACGA